AUGAAUCUGGAGACCUGUUACAUUUCCAGCAACUCCAAUCAAGUUCCUACUACCGUCGAUUGGGCUAAAAACAAUUUAAUUUGCUAUGGGUCCUGCAACUCCGUUAUGAUUUACGACCCAGACUACGGAAGCGGUGGAAAGGUAACUCACGUUUUAACAAAACACUCCAAGAGAGUUAAUUCAGUGCGAUGGUUGAGGGGCAAAGAUGUACAUAGUGAGAAAGAAUUGAUUUCUGGAUCAUCUGAUGGGUCCGUAUGCGUUUGGACCUUUGUUAAUGAUAAAUACGAACCAACUUUAUUAGAAGGCCACAGUUCAAAUGUAAAUAUUGUAGAUGGUUUAUAUAAAGAAGCACAUUUUAAGAGUACUGUUAUCGUAAGUGUUUCAAUGGAUCGCAGCGCCAAAAUUUGGUACAGGAAAGAUACUACAGACAACUUCACAAUGACUCAAUCCAUUGAUUUUGGAUAUCACAUUGCUGUAGCUCUGAGAGUAACGUGUUUACCCAACAGCGACGAAGUGCUACUGGUUUGCGCAUUAGACGAUUCCAAAAUACGGGUGUAUAACGAGAAACAGCAGGAUCCCAUUGAAUUCGAGAACUCGGCACAGCUGAUGGGCCAUGAAGAUUGGGUACGAGGACUUGAUUUCACAAUUGAAGGAGACGAUUUGAUUUUGGCAUCGUCCUCUCAAGAUUCCUUCAUCAAAUUGUGGCGUUUCACUACGAAAACUAUCAAUGCAGACUCUAUAGAAAAAACUCAAGUAACGGUUCGAAAUAAAUUGUUAAAUGUUUAUGUCGAGUCCGUGCUAUCGGGGCACGAAGGAUGGGUGUAUUCUGUGAAUUGGAGCCCGAACGGCAAGCAAUUGUUGUCUGCUUCCAUUGACAAAAGUAUGAUCAUCUGGGAAUUUGACGAAACAUCGGAAUUGUGGACUGAAAAAAUUCGCGUUGGUGAAAUCGGAGGCAACACUCUCGGAUUUUACGGGGGUCUUUUCGGACCAAAUGGCGAUGCAGUUUUGGGUCACAGUUACCACGGUGCCUUUCACAUUUGGAAACGUCUCGAAGAACAAAACGACUGGCUGCCUACUGUCACAGUAGGAGGUCAUUUCAACGAGGUUACAGACUGCACUUGGGAACCACAGGGACAGUUUUUGUUUUCAUUGAGUAGCGAUCAAACGACUAGAAUCCAUGCUCCUUGGAAACGCCAAGGAAGGAAAGCUACAUGGCAUGAAAUAGCGAGACCUCAAGUACACGGUUAUGAUAUGAACUCUAUAGCGGUGAUGUCUCGUUAUCAAAUUGCUUCGGCUGCCGAGGAGAAAGUCAUAAGGAUUUUCCACGCUCCAAUAAACUUUGUAGAAAAUUUUAACCGUAUUUGCCAUGCUGAUGGAGAUUUACAAGGAGAUUCGAUUUUGAAAGAAAAUAGUAUGGGUCCUAAAGGAGCGUCAGUUCCUUCAUUAGGGUUAUCCAAUAAAGCUGUGUAUUCAGACGAUAAUUUCGAUGAAAUAAUACCAACCGAUAGGAAAAAUCCGUACCCAGAAGAAUCUCAAUUUACAGCAAUAGAUCUCACUGAACCACCUACUGAAGAAACUUUGCUUCAAAACACCCUGUGGCCGGAAAUUCAGAAACUAUACGGACACGGCUAUGAAGUCUAUUGUUUAGCAGCAUCUCCUGAUGGCAAAUACCUCGCAUCAGCUUGUAAGUCCAACAAACCAGAACACGCUGCUAUUCUAUUAUGGGAUACAUGCAAUUGGAAACUGGUCCAAAAACUAAUGUCGCACGCUCUUACAGUAGUCCAAAUGCAAUUUUCUCCGGAUAAUAAAUUUCUGCUGUCGGUGUCCAGGGAUAGAAGAUGGUCAUUAUUUGCUAAACAAGCCGAUGGGCAAUUUUACUUAGACGGUACUACCGAUAAAAGCACGUCUGUGCAUACAAGGAUAAUUUGGUCUUGUUGUUGGUCGCAUGAUUCCCAAUAUUUUGCCACAGGUUCGCGAGAUGGAAAAAUUGGUGUCUGGUCGAUAAGAAAAAACAAAGAAACUGGGAAAUAUGGAACCGCUUCGGAACCGUUAGUUAUCAAAAAUGAAUCCAUUACAGCCGUUGCAUUCGCUCCUGAAUUAAUUUGCGAAAAAUACUUAUUGGCUGUUGGUAUGGAAAGUGGCCAAAUCGAGUUGUUCAGUUGGUUGCCUCAAGAAUGGACAAAAAUUUCGAUAUUUUCUACGACGGAUUAUCAUCAUUUAACUGUGAAGAAACUGGUAUUUAGGCCGUUACUUGGUGAAGCUGGCGAAAAUGAGUCCAAAAACGUUUUGCAAUUAGCUAGCUGCAGCUCUGAUUGUUCUGUUAAAAUAUUUAAUAUAAUUAUUAAUAAAGAAUGA